GUAAAUUUUUUUAUAUUGUGGCCCUCUUAUUCCAUUUAAAAUCCUCCUUGUGUUAUGAUAAUUGGAUUAACAUCGAAUUAAGCCAUACCGUUGAUUUGGAAAAUCUGAACGUUUUUAGCUAUAGAGGAAAUGUUACUAUUGCAAAUUGGGAUAUUGGGUUAGCUAAAAUCUCUCAGGAACCUCUCACUGAUCAUCAACGAUCGAACCUUAGGGGUUUAGCAGAAAAACACCGCUUGUACAGACUAAAAGCAGAUUUUGCAAAUUUUUUCUACAACAGUUUACAGAUUCUAAAGCCGGAAAAUGUUUAGUAGCGCUCACAUCGUUUUUGCGGGGGGCCCGGAGGGGCAGGGGCAGGGCCCCCAAACUCACCCCACCAGAAAGGGGACAGUCCCCGUUUUCUAAAAAGGCGUAACUUGGGCUCCUACCACAAGCCCCUAGGGAACCGUUUGAAAUAGGGGGAAAAACGGAAUUUUCUUAGGCAAACUGAGCAGUUUGAAGUGGAAUAU